AUGGCUAGCUUGCCACCGAAUGUUUCUCACGUUGGAGUGGUUAUUCUACAUAACAAGUUGAAGGACUCUGUGGUUUUCAGGCUAUUGACCCAGAAACAGAUCAAAAUCAGAACAAGUGAGCGUUUGCCAGAAGGAGCUGUUAUAGUCCCAAAAGGAAAAUUGGCCUUUUUGAUGGUGGACAUUGUGAACCCUGUUCGAUCAUAUCCCAGUUCAGUGGAGACUGGUCAUAACAACAGAGGACUUUGUGAAAACAGCUCUGGGAUUUCUGAACUCCUGGCUAGAAUUGACAAGUUCAUCGGAAUCCACGGACAGUGCACUGUGAUCUUGCAAGCUCCACUCUACACAACAAAGGAAUUUAGAAUUAUGUCGGCAUUACAGUUGAAAUACUUGUAUCAAACUGUGGAUUUUGUGCCUGCUCACAGCGCAGAGGAGUGUGUGGAGGCUAUUCUCACCAUGGCAUUAGUGCAGACUCCUCCAAACUGCAAUAUACUACACGACAGAAUCAAUGAUCUCGUGGCCAGUUUGCUUAUACCACCCCCUCGUGUUUCUGCGGCAUUCAAGGAAGUGAUUGAGAACAGAAAACUGGUUCCAGAUUCACUCGAGGUCUAA